AUGGAUGAUGAUAUUAUAGCCACAACACUUCGAUCUAAUAUUGAAGCUUGUUUGGCAUUGGAUCAAUGUUUGAGAUCAACAUUGGGUCCUUAUGGAAGAGACAAGUUGAUAGUGGAUGAACAUGGUGAUUAUAUAGUAUCAAAUGAUGGCGCUACUAUAUUAAGAUAUCUACAAGUCAAACAUCCGGCCACCAAACUAUUAAUAUCAUUGGCCAAGGCUCAGGAUGAUACUGUUGGCGAUGGCACAACCUCUGUCGUCCUACUCACCUGCGCACUCCUCCAAUGUGCCCUUCGCUAUCUCAAUCCAAUGUCCAUUCAUCCAAGACAGAUACAGAAUGGAUACCAAGUUGCGUUGGAUCUGGCAUUGAAGAUGAUCAAGGAUAUUGAGGUACCGAUUCCUUGGAAGGAGGAUGAAGAGAGGGCAAGACAGAUGAUGUAUGAUAUUGCAUUGACAUCGAUAUCAUCAAAGAUAUUGGCACGAUUCAAGGAACACUUUGCUCGGCUUGGUGUCGACGCCAUCAUGAGACUGGGCACAACACAACUCAAUCAAGACAGGAUCAAAGUGAUCGCCAUCAAUGGCAACUCAAUGAUGGAGUCCAAGUUGGUGGACGGUGUCCUAUUGCGCUACCCACCAUCCAACGACAGCGAACGCAGACGUACAACAUCUCGUUGUUUGAUGACCCAUGACCCAAAAGAUGGAUACCGCGUUGCAGUCGGCAAGCUACAACUCCAAAAGUUGCAGUCUGAGAUGCACUCGGUCAAGGAGUCGCUGGGACAAGGUGGAGGCAGCGCCAGCGCCAGCUUCCAGCAACAGGAGCAAGCCAUGCUCAAGGCCAAGAUCCAACCGCUACUCAAUCUGCACGCCAACGUCAUUGUUAGCGACACAGACAUCCCGGCAUACCUGGACAGUGUGCUUGAGGAACAUGGCAUUGACUACUUCUGCAUCUCAGACUCUGCUGAGUUGGAAGUGAUCGCGGCCAAUCUGGCUGCGCCACUGCUUUAUGAUAUCAAAGGUGUGACUGAUGAGAUGCUGGCACGUCCCAAGGCGAUCGAACUCGUGGCCAUUGGUGACGAUUCAUUCUUGCAGAUUACAGGCGUGGAGAGAUCUAAUGCCGCCACAGUCAUCAUCAGGUCACCAACAGAUACCAUGUCCCAGGAGUGUGUUCGGUCCUUCAAGGACAUGCUCAACAUCCUAUUUGCAUCCCUACACAAUCCAUUCGUUAUUGGUGGUGGAGGAUGCGUCUUCAUGUACAUUGCCAACAGACUGCGGACAAGUCUCAAAGGUACCUCCAACGAGAAGUUGCAAGUUGUCGUUGGGGAGUAUGCCAAUGCCCUGGAAUCAAUCCCCGCACUCCUAACUCAUAAUGCUGGCUUUGAUAGUUUGUCGACUAUGACUAGAUUGAAGACACUACAUGCAGUAGGAGAUGGAGAUAAUAGAUGGAAAGGUGUCAACUUGGACAAUGGAGAGAUAGUGGAUAUGUUUGUCGAGUUGGAUGUCAAGGAGCCGUCUUUCUUGUUGACAAACAUACUCACGUUGGCAACACGUGCCGCUCAGAUGAUUCUGCGAAUCAACUCAAACAUAUUGAUUGAACCUAGGGUUGCAUUCCGUCCGCCUGGAACCGAAAGGACACCAACAUCAGCUUCGUCGUCCACCUCAACCGACAAUGACUAUUCUUAG